CUACUGAUGGGAGUUGGAGUAUCAGAGUAUGUAAUCCAGUUUGUAGCAAGAGAGCAUUUCUACCAUGGUCAAGCAAAAAUUAAAGAGACAGUCCUCCCCUAAAUGGAAACUUCUAUCUGCUCCUAGAAACUUCUAGUCUGUCCUGGAGGCUGCCUCCUCCUCGUACUGCUCAGAAUAGGGGGAGGGGCAGUAAGCUGGCUGUAAAUCUCCGGCCUUGCACAGCCUGUAUGCACAUUGUAUAGACAGACACACGGUUACUGCUGCUGAGAGACUGCCAGCAACUCAAAGAUAUCGUCACAGCUGUAGCGAGACUGCCAGCAAUUCACAGAGACCGUCACAGCUGGAGAGAGACUGCCAGCAACUCAAGGAGACCGUGACACCUAGAGAGAGACUGAUACAAAGAGACAGUUGCACCUGGAGAGACACUACAACACUGUGCAACACACAGAGACAACCGUUGCAGAAAUAAAGUCACACAAUGACUGCAGAAGAGCUCAAGGCGGAGGGACAGCAAACUGGUAAUAUGGAGGGGACAGAUAUCACACCCAAGGAGGAUCAGGGGGUGCUGAAGGUAAGAGGCUUUUUACCUUAAUUGCUAAAGAGAGAGAUGGACUGACAAGGCUUUAAACCUGCAAUAUAACUACAACUCUCCUAAUGUAUUUAUAGUUCUACUACAGCAUGGGUAUUCUGUAUUUUGGGUACCCCUAUUGCACACUGCUUAGGGUUACAUGCAUGGAUCUGCAGGACUGUUACUGACUUCUUUGUAAAAACUGUCAUAUCUUGUGUAUUUAUUGUGUGGGUGAGUGCGGGACACUUUCUAGUGUGCUGGUUUAAUCCCACCACUACAUUGGAAGGGGGUGUGUUUCAGUAUUAAAGAGCUUAAUAUAUAUAUAUAUAUAUAUAUAUAUAUAUAUGUGUGUGUGUCUGUUGUAUUUACCCAUGUAGUGUACCAUCCAAUGGAUAGGUGCUCGCACAAGUGAAUAAAUAUGGAACUGAGUGUAUAGGCCACAACCUGUGCUGAUUAUACCUGCAUACUGUAUAUAUUUACUUGGGCAUUUAUUGCUCCAGCAGAGGAAUCGUGGAUUAAACAAGUGAGUCUAAAAGUGCUAUGCAUUAUCAGAGCAAUGUUUUUUUUGUUUUUUUUUUAUACCUUUUAGUGAAAAUUUACUCACACUGUGUGCAACAAAUAUAUGACAAAAUGUGUUACUCUUUGGUUCACAUGGGGUAUUCUGGUCUGGUUGACUUUCACUGGUCAUCGAUCAAUGUGUUGAUGGCAGUCUGUUUUAUGUGCAGUUCACAUGUAAUCUCUUAGUGUGCUAUCAAAUGUAUGGACUAAAAUACAUAUCAUAAAGGGUUACUCCAGGAGUCUGUGUUUGCAGCACUUUGAAAAGCUGCUCAUAUGGAGUUUAAUCUUUUUGCUGCAGAAGGGGUAACUCCACCUCCAGCAUGAUUGGAAUGUCAUCAGUCAUUCCAGACCUAGAGUUCCGGGCAGGAUAACAUCAAUUCUGUGCAAAUUUCUUUGCACAGAAUGUCAGUCAUUGGCACUCUCAGCCAUUGGAUGGAGACAUGUCACCAGAACAUCGGUAAACCUUGGAGCCCCGCGGCAACUAAGAAGGCUGUAGUGGUUAUGAUGAUCAGAGUAUCCCUUUAAGCAAGAUUGUGGUGUGUGUGUGUGUGUGUGUAUUUUAUUUCAUUUAUUUUGUCAGUUCCAUGAGAUGCGCAUGCUGCUAGAUCAUGUUAAAAUUGAUGUGAGAGUGGAGACAUGAGCUUUGUGGAAUACACACAAUAUAUAUUAUAUUGUAAGCAAUAUAUUUUCUUACUGUUGGGGUAACAAUGCUUGCAUAUUCCAUGCACUUUUAAAUAUACAUCUAUAAGUGUUACAGUGACAGACAAGAGAAACAGUGAAACAGUAGCUCGUUGCACCAUAACCUUUUUCCAGCACCACAAAGAGCAUGGGUUGUAUGGUGCUUAACAUACCACCUCCUUAUAAUGCACUCAGCAUUUAUUUCCAAAUUCUAAGAUUUUUUUGUGUCUUAUGUAUCUGGUUCUUAAUGUGAUUUAUUUAUUAUUUAUUUCAUUUUUUAUUUUUACCACAGAUAAUCAAAAAGGAAGGCACAGGUACUGAGUGCCCGAUGAUUGGAGAUAAAGUUACUGUGCAUUACACUGGCUGGCUGCAGGAUGGAUCCGUUUUUGAUUCAAGUAGGGACAAGAAGGAUAAAUUCUCAUUUGAUCUGGGAAAAGGUAAGCAGCGUUGCUUGUUUUCUUUGAUAGAGAAAAUGAUUAAACAAAUUAAAUAAAAUGAAUAAGGUAGUGCAAGAAAACAAUUGCCAAGUGCAAGUACUAUAACUUUAAAAAUAAAUAAAUAGUGUCACAUAAAUAAGUGCAGCAACCAAAAUAAUACUGAUGAGCUGAUUAAUAAAUAACACAUAUUAAUAAUUUUGAACAUUUUGCCAUUCAUUCCUAUGGGACCAAUUUCGACACAAGAACGACGAUAUUCCUUGAACCAUUCGGCGAAACAUUCCACAAAGUAAUAGCAAUCCAAUCGGGCACAAUCUGCACGUUUCGGUAUAUUACUGUCUAUGUAGUGUAAAAACUGUGGGAGGAGUUAGGGUGGCAAAUUUGGCUAUAAUACGAAUAAUAAUAUAUAUGUGAGAUAACAUUAAGUGGUCUUGCUAUGCAAGAACACUUAAUAAAUUGUGUGCAAAAAAAAAAAUCACAUUCCAAUAUUUUCAUAAAGGUGGUAAUAAAUAAAAAAAGUAACCCCUUAAGGACGGAGCCAAAUUUACACGUUGUGAACAAAACAAAAUGUAAACAAAACCUGGCAUUUGCGCUACAUGUCUGUCCAACCGUAAUUCAACUCUUUCAUAGUAAAUAUAUCAUUUAUAUUUAUAUAUAUAUAUAUAUAUAUAUAUAUAUAUAAUCUCAUUUUAUUCAGGGGGAACAGGGCUUUCAUUUCAUAUCAAAUAUUUGGCUAUGAAACAUAAUUUAAUAUGAAAAAAAUGGGAGAAAAUAAGAUUUUGUUAGAUUUUUUUUUAGUUCUACAUGACAUUUUAACUGUCAAUGUCAUAAUAAGGUUUGCUUUUACUGCAAUAAAAUACACAUAUUUGUAUUCAGCAAAGUCUCACGUGUAAAACAGUACCCCCUAUGUACAGGUUUUAUGGCGUUUUGGGAAGUUACAGGGUCAAAUAUAGCACGUUACAUUUGAAAUUGAAAUUCGCCAGAUUGGUUACGUUGCCUUUGGGAUUUUAUAGUAGCCCAGGAAUGAAAUUUACACCCAUAAUGGCAUACCAUUUGCAAUAGUAGACAACCCAAGGUAUUGCAAAUGGGGUAUGUCCAGUCUUUUUUAGUAGCCAUUUGGUCACAAACACUGGCCAAAGUUAGCGUUAGUAUUUGUUUGUGUGUGAAAAUGCAAAAAAUGCCAAUUUUGGCCAGUGUUUGUGACUAAGUGGCUACUAAAAAAGACUGGACAUACCCCGUUUGCAAUACCUUGGGUUGUCUACUAUUGCAAAUGGUAUGCCAUCAUAGGGGUAAUUUUCAUUCUUGGGCUGCCAUAGGGUCUCAAAGGCACCGUAACCAAUCUGGCGAAUUUUUAUGUGAAAAAAAUGAAACGCAAGCCUUAUAUUUGACGCUGUAACUUUUGAAAACACCAUAAAACCUGUACAUGAGGGGUACUGUUGUACUCGGGAGACUUUGCUGAACACAAAUAUUUGUGAAAGAAUGGGAUGGAAAGACCAGUCACUUAUAGUGAAUGGGAUUCAGUCACAUUCCAAAAAUACCUCCUAGAAUAAACGUUACAAAAAUAUAUGGUAAUAACCUUUAUUAACUAUAAAUAUAUAGGCAAUCUACCCAAAAUAAAUAUACAAAAAAUGUGUGAAAAUGGUGAUGAAGUAAGGGUAAAGAAAAUCUUAAAAGAUACCUGGGACAAUGCUCCUAAACCUCAUACAAGCAUUAUUGUAUACAGAUUGUAGAGUCCACUAUGGUGAAUCAUAUAUAGCUUCAGAGAGGUCAAGGUAAAACCAUAGAAAUCUACAAUAUAUGAACAAAUAUAAAUGAAGGAAGGAGCAAGUGUUUUACACUGAUCCACAUAGAACUGGUAAAAUACACCAUAUAGCGCUAAUAACAGCAAAAUCCAUUGGUAGUGUUGCUGAGAUCGUAGGUGCCUGGUAGUGGGUAAAAUGCCAAUAUAAUAAAGGGACUGUAGUCAUUAUCAGGGGUGCCCCCAAAAAAUACCAGAGUAGCUCAUAUUUAGAAAGCAGAGCCACAAAGGAACGUGGACAGAUACUAGUAAUAUGUAACCGUCCCUGCUAAUAAACCUCUCUGAAAAUAAUUAGUCCCGCUUAGUAAAAGUAGAUGGAAGUUCCAGUAAAAAUAUAAAUCCAAAUCUAAAGUCCAUAUAAAAUGGAACAAAAGCAGUGACUAAGUCACACAGGUAACAUCAAGAGGAGCCCUCUCCAAACUCUAUGACUGGAGAGGACAACAGGAAAUACCCUAGGACACCCUGGACUAACUGUCUAGCCCACAAAUAGGCCAAAUCAAUUAACUGCUACUUCAAGGCAGCCUAACAAUAUCCCUAUAAAUACAUAUCAGCACAUAGUGGAAGAAAAUAAUAAAGGCAUCAGUCACAUCCCGGUAUAAAACAAAAAAAGGAGAAAAUUAAGAAAAGCUUAAUAAAAGUAAAUGCAUCGGCAAAAUGCUCGACGCGCCUUUCAGCGUUUUCAAUACGCCUUUGUCAAGAGCUAAAAAGUAACUGAGCUAGAAGCUGGUUAUAAGGGAGCGUGGCCACUCCCCUCAGAAAUUCCUGCACCAAUCCAUGGGUGUUAUCCAUCAAUUAAUUAGUCAUCAUCUGUGCUGUAUUCUCCUCCUAUAUUGCUAUGUCAAUCAAGUAAAAAGUAGGCGUGGUAAUGUUGCGUUUUGUCCCGUGGGGGGGAGGAGAAUGUGUUCAUUCAUUCUAUACAGUGACACGGAGGUCUUAUUUUAACCGAUACACGGAUACACACUAUGUAUCCAAAUGCCAGUCUCCAAACACAGCUUGUCCCAAACUCUUCAUGAAUAGAUACAUAAAUAUCAAAAAGGUAUCACAGGGUAAGAGAUACGAGUUAAACUCUUAUAUCAUACAUCAUAGAUGUCCUUACAUAGGACAGUGUUCCUCUCUGACCCAAAAUUGAAAAGAAGAGAUAUAUUUGGGCUAAAAAUGUCCCCGCUUAGGAAAUUGACAAAUUACACAAAUGACGGUAGUGAGUGAGCCAGAGUACAUUAUAGUGAUACUCCACUAUAUGGACUGAGGCAUAACAGAUGAAUUAAAAAUGCUAAAAAAAAGAUUCUCAUCAAAUGAUCAAAUGAAAGUUUUAUGAGGGAAUAUUUGUGAUCUCCUCAAUCAAAGCACAUAGACAAAUAGAUGGCCAUUGACAUCCAAAAAAUUAAAUGGAUAAUUAUUAGUAUUUUGAUGGAAAAUUCAAACCGGAAAUAAAGCAAGUAUUCUGAUCCCUCAAUCGAGGGAGCUCAAAGUAAUAUUUUUGUAAUGUUUAUUCUAGGAGGUAUUUUUGGAUUCUGAUUGAAUCCCAUUCACUUUAAGUGACUGGUCUUUCCAUCCCAUUCUUUCAGUUUGCAACUUUUGGAUUUAUUGUGGGGUUAAGCCCCGUAUACCUCCUUAACCUAUUUCUGGGGCUUUGGUGUUGGUUGGUCCAAUACCAUUACCCCUACUCUAUAUUCAGUAAUGAUUCUACUCACCAGAACAAAUCCAAUAAGCUGUAAUUGUUCUGGUGACUACAGUGUCCAUUUAAAGGUACACAAUAUAGUCAUCAGAACAAAUACAACUGUAGUUGUUCUGGUGACUAAUCAUUGCCGUCAGUCUGCAGUAAACACUUUCUUUUUAGAGAAAAUGCAGUGUUUACAUUACAGCCUACGAUACCUCCACUGGCCAUUCCUCAGAUGGCGACUAGAGGUGCUUCCUGUGGCAGUGCUGCGCUAUUCAGUGUCUCCACCCUCUGCAUCUCUAUAAGGAGAUGCUGAUUGGCCAGGGCUGUGUUUUGACUUGUGCUGACUCUGCCUCUGAUCUGCCUCCUUGACAAGCUCAGACAAUCCAAUGUGCAAGCAUAGUAAUUGGCUAAGAACACCACUUCUGAUGAUGUCCACCAAGCAGACAGAUCAGGUGCAGAGCCAGCAGUAGGAGACUGCAUAAAGGUAAGAUUUUGCUAUAUUUAGGUGGGCAAAGGGGGUAGAGGACCUAGAUAGUGGUUUUAACAUUAUAGGGUCAGGAAUUCAUAUUUGUGCUCAAGACCUUAUAUUGUUCCUUUAAAAAAUAUGACGUGCAAUAAAAUAAUUGAUUUAAAGUGCAAUAGUGACAACAAUAUAAAUAUAAUUUCAGUACUUAAUAAAUGCCAAAACACAAAUUCACGUGCCAAAAAAAUUACCCAAAAUAUGUGUAAGUGACUUAAUAGCACUAAAAAAUUCAAACCAAUACACUUGCUCAAUAUUUCUUAUGUUGAUCCCAAGGUCUAUAAACAAAAGCAGAGGUAGUCUUAGUGCAACACUGAUAAAUAGUAAAAGUGAACAGACUGAACAUCUGAAAGUCUGAGAUUAAAGUUGCAAUGUCCGCACCAUAUUCACUACAGUAAGUCCCCCGUUCCCAUCCUAAAAUCUUCUUCUUCUUUUUUUUUUUAUAAUCUGACAUUUAUCUGAGUUAUAUGCUAUUUUAAAGCAGAUAUAUUACUUCCAGGGUCAUUUCAGGUUGUUAAAUCUACUCUACAUGUUUUACAAAAAUAAAAUAUGUGAAAGUAUCAUGGCCCAGCUGCUACCCAAUUUAAUUAAGUUUUGUAUAUGUUUUUGUUUUUAUUUGUACCAGGUCAGGUAAUAAAAGCAUGGGACAUUGCUGUGGCAACCAUGAAGAUUGGGGAAAUUUGUCAGAUUACGUGCAAGCCAGAGUAUGCCUAUGGAGCUGCAGGAAGCCCUCCCAAAAUCCCACCCAAUGCAGUGCUAAUCUUUGAGGUGAGAGACUGAACUCUUCCCUUAUGUCUUAGUCCAUGUGUUAUUUUUUUUCCAUCUUCUGUGUGCCUUGUUCUUGUGUAGACCUUCAGCUUCUGACUGAUAAUUGUUCUUGCCUAUCGUACAUGUUGGCACUCUCCUGAUGUUUAUGUAUUGCUUCAUGUAGGUAUUUCCUAAUCCUAGGGGAUGUAAAGGUUUCUGUGUGUAGUCACUGUAGGUAAAUUCAUGCUCUCUCAGCAGUCUCGGGUGCGUGCUUGCUUGCAUCUUUAAAGUGUUCUGCCUCCAUGUACACAUCACACCUUGUGUAUUCUGGUUCCACAAACACUUUUCCUGUGUCUGUCCGACUUCCUUGUGCAGCCUCCUCUCCUAGGGAUUACAUUUAUAUUUAGAAAAUAUGCGACUGUUGUACCUUACCGUGGAAAUGUGUGUCCACCUCCAUGUGUAUACAUCACUAUAUUUUUCCAUGUCUAGGCACCAUGCUGUCAAAGUAUUUGAAAUCACCCCAUGAUGAAUGGUGUUUGAUCAUUGUUGCUCCGUAAACCAACUCUGCUUAUUCUUUGCCUUCUGCCUCUUGUGUAAACCUACAGAUUGAAUUGUUUGACUUUCAUGGUGAGGACCUUACAGAAGAGGGAGAUGGUGGAAUCAUACGGAGAAUCAGAGUGAAAGGAGAGGGCUAUUCCAAGCCCAAUGAAGGAGCUGUGGUAGAAGGCAAGUCUUGGCACAGGGUAUCCCUACUAGUGCUUUGUAGUAGACCACACCAGGUUGCAGUUUUAACAUUAUGUUGCUUAGGGAUAAUUUAUGUAUCUUGUAUCAUAUGCAAGAUCCAGCAUACUCACUCAUUCACUAAAAUGCAAUUUCAAAGCUUACAGAAUGUUUUAUUUUUUAUUUUUUUAUAUAUAUUUAAACACCCAAACUAUGUAAAAAUAAUGGUGGUUUAGUUACAGCAUAUGAUCAUACAUUUCAUAGGCCAGCCACAAUGCCAAUUUACCCCAUAUUUGGCAUGUCCUAUCCUAGCAACCAGAGAUGAAUCUACUUUCUCGGAAAAUCCUUCCUCUUGGAAUUCUCUGCAGUGAAAUGUAAAAUAGGGCUCUGGAAUGAGGCACCUGUGACAGCGAGAGGUGCAAAACUGGGUAGUUGGCCUUGCCUCCCAAAUAUGUUAAUAUAUGAAACCAAGAGGGCCGCACUAACCUGACCAUGCAUGCAUUAUAAGGGUGCUGCUGGGGCCAAUUCACACAACAUACAAGAUCCAGCACACUUGCUUUAUGUAUCUAACUCUCUAAAUAAAAUGGGUCUAAUGUCCUAAUAGGUACUAAUAGAAGAUAUAAUUAUCUGUGCUAUUCACUGACUUCUCAUAAAGAAGGGUCAGACUGUGCUAUGUUGUCUCAGGAAUACUUUUGCAUACAUGGAAGUGUUACUUAAAAAUGUUCUGACUGCUGUCACUAUUUUGAUUGCUUUUAGUCACCAUAUGAUGUUGUACCAGCACCAAAAGUUGCCUUAAAGAGACACUCUAAACCCCUAAGGCACUUUUAGCUUGCUGACGUUUUUUAUAUGUGAAGAGUGCAUUCUCUUUUAUUUUUCAUUUUGCAAAAAAAAUGCAUAUUUCAAUAGAAAAAUUAACAGCAAAUUAACCUUUGUUACACCCCCUUGACUUUCAAGCAGACAACAGGUCGAUUCUUGGAUAUUUAGCGCAGUAAAACUAAACUCAAGAGGCAGGGAAAUCCCCAGUGCACCUGCAUUGGGAAGUCUUAGAUUGGACAGCCACAGAAAGUUUGUGCUGAGUUAGAAGAGGAGAGCUUGAAAAGGAUUUAGACAACAGAUUGGAAUUGUAGUUCUGUGACCUGGUUUUCUACGUCUUCUAGUCACCUCUUAAGAUUUACACCUUUAUCCACUGUCUGUCAUUGCAGUGAAGAUUCAAGGCUCACACAAUGGUCGUGUUUUUGAUGAGAGGGAGUUGCAGUUUGAGGUGGGCGAAGGAGAGAGUUUUGGAAUCCCCCCAGGUGUGGAGACUGCAGUUCAACAGAUGGAAAAGGGAGAAGAGGCAAUAUUGUAUCUGAAGCCAAAGUGAGUUUGCAGAAUUCACUACAACUUGUGUUUGAAAGAAAAAAAAGUUCAAUAUGUGUGCUUCAUUGUUUGGAGAGCUGUGUGCCAGUGUUUGGGGUUUGAGAAACACCAUAAUAAAGCUGCAGGCUAGGCACCCAUCAUCCAUCAGACACUUUGCUAAUUUGUGAUUAGAGAGGCAUCAGCUCUUCCUUACUGAUGAGCUUGUCUGUACUUCCUUAAUCUCUGGAAUCCCUAUUUCAUUGGAAUCUGUCAGGAGAUAGGUUACCUCGAAUAGUGACCAAAAGCUUGUUUGAGACCUGAGAGCAACUUACCAUAGGCCACCUGUUAGCUUUUGUUUAACUGGAGAACUACAGUUGGACAGCUUGAUAUUAAAUUAUCUAGAAAACUCCCAUGGUUAGGAGGUUUAAAGUGCAUGAAAAUAACAAAACUGUUUGUAAUGCGAUGCUAUAUUUUGUUUUCAUUUCUAGCUAUCAAAAGGAUUUGUAGUUGCCAGAUGAUGUAAUAUGUCACUUUUUCAAUUUCUUUUUUUAAUGCUGUCCAUCGCCUUUCACAGUUACGGAUUUGGCAAUACUAGCUAUGAGAAAUUCCAAGUUCCACCUGGAGCAGACCUUGAAUAUGAAAUAAAACUAAAAAGCUUUGAAAAGGUGUGUUAAGAAGAAAUUGGUCAAAUUGCUUGACCCUUUGUGCUAAUGUUCGUUUCCGUUAUACAGAUGGCCAUUGGAAGCAGAUUUUGUGAUUUAUGUUUCUAGAAAAACAACCGACUGCAAUUCUAAUAUUAAUAUUUCCUAAACAGGCGAAAGAAUCAUGGGAGAUGAAUGCAGAGGAGAAAUUGGAGCAGGGAGGACUGGUGAAGGAACGUGGGACCCAGUAUUUCAAGGUUUGUUGUUGCACAUAUAAUGGCAGCUUGACAAUUCACAAUAGGAGACCAAGCGCCCCCAUCCAAUCACACUUGGGAAGCCUCUAAGCAAUUUCCUCAUUUAAAGAUGGACAGCGCGGUGCUUACCGGCCAUCAUUGAAAACAAAUGGAUCCAGAACCUAAUCUCUGGAUGAGCACUGAUAGAUUAUUUAAAGGAACACUCCAGGCACUUUACCAUUACAGCCCUCUGUACUAGUUGUGGUGCCAGGAGUGCACUGGCAUCCUCUCAAAUUAAAUAGUCUUAUUGUUUAAGAACAGUUUGAGAAUUUGCCUGCAGUUCACCAGGUGCCUGUCACAGACUUCUUCAACUCCACUGUGUUACACACUGCCAUGCAAGCCUAGCUCAUGGACUGAGAAAGUAAGGUGAGAGUGCAGUCAGCCAAUGAGCAUAGGUAAGCACUGCCAGGCUUAGCUAUGUGGUAGAGCUUCUGGCUGUAGAGGAGGCAAGUGGCCCAGCAGACCCCAGGUAAGUUGUCAACUUCUUCUUAAAUAGGUUCAUGUGUUCCUUUAAUUCCUAUAUAUAAAUACUUCAUAAUGUCAAAAAGUUGGUUCUUUGAAGGAAAAAAAAUAUGUAGAGAGAAUACCCUACUGGAAAAUUUAGCUCACACAAACACACUACAAAUAAACACACUGAUGGGGCUGUAGUGGGGGCAUAAGAGGCUGCGUGGAAAGUGGUGGUGGUCAAGUGGAAAAUGCAACUUGUCUGCAACCCCGGUGUGUGCAGACCGCUCCUUACAGCUAGUGCUGGGAAUAUUUCAGAGUGUUGCCAUGGUAAGCUUCGGCAAUGUUCUGAUACAGUACAAGGAAAGAGAACUUAGCCUAGAAGUACAGACCAAGUUGUCCCUCUUCCCUGUCAUCAACCUCAUGACAGUUGUUGUUGUUGUUGUUUUUUUUUGUUGUUUUUUUUGUAUUUAUUACUAAAUGGUAUAUAUACUUAAAAGUGUACCUUUCCAAUAUGUUUAAAAAUAUUCAAUUUAGUCUCUGUUUUUUUUUGUUUUUUUUCCACUAAAGAGUUUAUGCCAGCCAAUACUUGAAAUGCAAGUACAGACCUCCCACUCACACAAUUAAUUUGAAGUAAAGUAAUCUGUCAGAAGGUGUUUCACAAGUGGUUACUAGUAGAGUGUUUGAUCCGAUCUAUAAGUUAUUGAAACAUUUUUCUUGUUUGGAGUAUUUAUUUUUUUUACAUUAAUUUUCUCAUUACAAAUGUUCUGUUUUUCAGGCUGGACGGUAUCGCCAGGCUAUUAUCCAAUACAAGAAGAUCAUUAGUUGGUUGGAACACGAGUCUGGACUUCAGCAAGAAGAGAGUGAUAAGGCAAAGGCCCUUCUACUGGCUGCCUCACUUAACUUAGCUGCAUGUUACCUUAAAUUAGGGGAGCAUCGAGGUGCUCUGGAACACUGCAACAAGGUAAGAAUAUAUGUAAGAAUGCCACUGUGAUGUGGGAGAAAUGAGGAGUGGCACAUGGUAAUGAUAGUUAGUCAAAAUACGCAACCAGAAUAUAAAAUAUUAUAAGGAUAUAAUAUUACAGAAAUAAACAAACAAAAAUCUGAUGUCUCCAAUAUCAGGCAUUAGAAAUGGAUCCCAACAAUGAGAAAGGUCUCUUCCGACGGGGUGAGGCUUACUUUGGGAUAAAUGAGCCAGAGCUUGCAAAGGAUGACUUUUCAAAAGUGGUGCAACUAUAUCCGGGCAACAAAGCAGCACGAGCUCACAUUGCGCAGUGUCAGGUUCGCAUUCGACAGCAGCAAGAAAGAGAGCGAAAGAUCUAUGCCAACAUGUUUCAGAGGUUGGCAGAAAAAGAGAACAAGGUGAGAGUAACUGGCUAUUGCUAGUGGUGUGAUUUUAGUUGACAAACUUUACAUCAGAUAAUCAUGUGCUAGAAAUGUUUUUUUUUUUUUCUUUUGUUGUUGAAAACUUUAAGGACCUGCUUUUAAAACUACAGAUCAUCAGUGGUUUUAUUAUUUCUUGAAGUUAAUGGUUAUAUCUUCUGCCGUGGCCUACCAAUCCUUAUUAACAAUGUAUGGCUGUCAUUGUCUUAAAACUGGAGACUUGUAGGGGUUUACAUUAAAAAACAAAAACAUUGAUUCAUUUGACAGGGUAAUUUACUAAACACAGAAUAUUGUCUGACAAAUCCGUGUACCAUCUCCUGUCUCAGUUUUUUUGGUUUAUCUAGGGGUGUAAAAGAGAAAAGAUAGAGGGAAGAUGAGGGGGGAGACAUCUGUGGGCGAGAAGCUGGGAUCUCAGGUACAGGGUGCUCUGAUUAUGCAGCUUUUUUUUCUCUCGAUGAUCAAACCACACACUCAAAGUACUGGUUUUUAACCUUCUCCAGCAGGAUGCACAUUGCAAAUUAUCAUUCAAUAUCAAAACGUAUAUCCAAUUAAAAAAUGAGUUGUGCAUAAAUACAUGCAUGUACAUCAUAGUCAAUAUAUUGUACAUACCUCAUCUUUUUAUUUUUUAAUAUGUAUCUUUUUUUAUUUAUUAUCUUUUAAUCAACACUAAUUGUGUUAAUAGUCAAAUAAAGUUUACACCCUUUAAAUAGGGCAUUGUUUCACUGAGGUGACAGCUUGACAAAGGCAUCUGUGAAGGACGAAACGUUGCGAAUUCAGUAAUCAAUAAAUCUGCCUCCUUGAGUGCCUGGACCUACUUUCUACUGUUAUCUACUAAAUUGGGUUUUGCCAACCUGGUCUUUGAUGCCCCUGGUUUUCACUGUGAGAGCGGUAUCUUUUGUUUGAAUCAACAAUGUCACGAUUAGACAUUUGACAAAAUAUGCAGUGAUGGCUGAAUGUGACAUAGCUGCUUUAAUUGCAGUUUGUGAGCUCCGCAUUUAAUUCAAAAUAAUUUGCUCAUAUUUUAUUCAUUUAUUUUGUAGAAACACAAAUAAGCUGCCAUCUUUUUGGAACUACAACAAAAAAAAGUAAUCAAUUUUGUGUGUUUGGUUUUCCGCAUUAAAGGGAAACUUCCGUCACUAAAACGACUUUAGCUUAAGGAAGCUGUUUUGGAGUAUAGAUCAUGCCCCUGCAAUCACACAGCUAAACUCACUGCCAUUUAGGAGAAUCAAUUUUUGUUUCUGUUUAUGCAGGUCUAGUCACAUCUCCCCAGGCUGUGACUGACACAGCCUGCAUGAAAACAAAAUGGUUUCAUUUUUAAUCAUCUACAUAAACAAAGUGAUUUAAGUACUGCAGUUUAACCCCCUGCUUUAACAAUGCUAAAGUUAACAUAAGUAAGCUACAAUAUGCUGGAGGAUCUGCACAUGGUGUGACCCCUUUUAGUUCUGACCUCUGUCACACGUGUGGUUUGUCAUUGGGCAAGCAUUAACAUGAUGGGGCAGACUUCCUCCCCCACGUUCCCCUUAACAUUAGGCCUUUUCUCCUUUGUUACAUUUUCACAUUCUUCUCUCUGGUAACUUAAACAUGUUUCCUUAAUCAAAAAUAGAAUUUAAUGGACUGUGACUUUGUAGCAUAACUAUUAAUAGAACAAUGUACAUCCUAUCCAAAGGACAUACCCGUUUUGACACAAACUUCAAUUUGAGAAGCCCAAUCACUGGCACCACCAAAUAGGUCUAAUGCACUCUAUCUUUUCUCCAGGAGGAACCUGCAGCUGUUUCUCAGGACAAAGUGGUACAGAGUGAUGUAGAAAUGAGUGAAGCGACAACUUCCAGUGAGAACCCUGAACAGAAAGAAGAAGCAGCAGAGAGUAUGGCCACUGAUGCAUAGAAAAGAUUGAACUUCUCCCUUUUAUAUUACGAGAUGGAAAGCUUGCAAUAUUUUCAGGGAUAGAUGGGACACUGUUAUGGGGUAUGAGUACCUUGUGCUUUCAGACCCUAGUUGCACAGUUUGUGGUGGCAACGUUCUGGAUUUUUAUUUUCAUUCCAGCCUCUUCACACAUUGUGUCUUGGGAUUAAUCUUCUGACAGAGGACAGAACCAUUCUCAUUUGUCGUUUGGCAAGCAUUACCAGAUUCCCACUGGUCCUCCUCUCUGAAAUCUGCAGGUUGUGGUAUGCUAUUCUGCUAUUACUCUUCAGUACACAAAUUCCUGGGGCACUUAUUGUGAACAGCAGUUUGGCAGAAAUUCUUAAAACUUGAAUUACAUGGUUAUUUAAGGAGGGUGUGUCAUGGUUGUGUGGUUUUUUUUGUUUUUUUAAAUCUUUUUAUCAUCACUUGAUAUAGUUUCUAUUUAUACCCUCCACCUCUGUCUUUUUCCAUCUUUUAUUUUGUUGCAAAUGUGUCUAAUUCCUGUAAAUUUAAAAUAAAUGAGGAAGUAAUUUUCAUGUCUAAGUGUUAAACUUUGCUUGUUUGGCGACCAUAUAUUUCUUGUUCUUUGCUCUUCCCUCACCUACAACACUAACCUUUUAGUAACCAUGGAUUAGCAAAAUGUGUGAAUUCAAAACUUAUCUGUUAUGUGUCUAGUCUUCCAAAACUGAAAAAGUUGUCUGUCUCAUCCAUUAACCGUAGGCUCCCUGCUUUCAAAAUGCAUUCUGUUACUCACUCAAAAUGUAUACAACACAUGGAAUUCUAAUUUAACAUUAAAGCAUAACACUCCAAGGCUAUAAAUAAAUAAAUACAUUUAUAGUUGAUAACGCUGUGUUGGGGAAUCUGUUGGGCCCCUUUUCCUGUAAAACCAACCACUAAUGCAAAGGUGAAAGGGUUUCUUUACAGCUCUGCUCUACUUCCAGGAUAUCAUGCGCACUAAUGAUCUUCUGAUCAGUCCAUUGUUUCUAAUAGAGAAGCAUUGAGAGGCAUGAUGUAUGCUAGGGAUUGACCAAUAUUUUUUUUUAAAGCCGAUAGCGAUAAUCUGUGAACUUUCAGGCCGAUAGCCGGUAACUUGCC